ACACCCACCAAAACCAAUUCCGCUAACAUACACUGUCACCAACCUUGGAGCGAAACGGGGUUUAGGGUUUUAGGUUUUAUACUUUGUUUGUGCGGCUGAGCAGAGCAGAACCAGAACCAGAACCAAAGAAAGAGAGAGAGAGAAGAGCUAAAACCCAAAAUGGGAAAACUUCAAUACAAGAAGAUGAAGGGAAGCUCGAACCUGAGACAAAGGCUAGUCCUUGCGACUCUCUCAUCAACACCUCUUCUGAUCGAAGACAUUCGAGCCGAACACACACUCCCAGGUCUCCACCCCCACGAAAUCUCCUUCCUCCGAUUGCUCGAGAAGCUCUGCGACGAUUGCUCUCUCAUCAUCAACGAAACCGGCACCAAGCUCAAGUACCAACCGGGAACUAUAAUGGGUGGGACCCACGAUCUUGUCCAUGAUUGUGCGCUCACCCGCUCCAUCUCCUAUUACUUGGAGCCUCUGCUUGUGCUCGCCUUGUUCUCCAAGAAACCUCUGACCAUAACGCUUAGAGGAAUUACCAACGAUUCUAAGGACCCUUCUGUGGAUACUUUUCGUUCCACCACUUUGCAGCUUUUGAAGCGUUUUGGGGUUCCCUCUGAAGGGUUGGACCUUAGAAUAGUGAGCCGUGGCUCUGCUCCUCUUGGUGGUGGUGAAGUUAUUUUGUCCAUUCCGAGUGUUCAUUGUUUAAAUGCAGUGAACUUGACAGAUGUGGGAAUGGUUAAGAGGAUUAGAGGAGUUGCGUAUUCAACCAGGGUGUCUUUCCAGUUUGACAAUUCCAUGAUACAUUCAGCUCGCGGUAUCUUUAAUCGAUUUAUCCCAGAUGUUUACAUCUUUUCUGAUCACAAAAAAGGCCCAGCAGCUGGAAACUCACCAGGUUAUGGAAUUUCACUGGUUGCUGAAACGAAUGAAGGUUGCUAUAUCUCUGCUGAUACUGCUAUUUCUUAUGGACGGACAGAAGAAACUGGUGAAAUUGAAGAUGAGAAGAAAGAGUUGACGCCUCCAGAGGAGGUUGGCGAGCAAAUUGCUUCUGUUCUACUUGGGGAGAUUGAGCAAGGAGGAGUAGUUGAUUCGACACACCAGGGUUUGUUAUUCAUUCUUUGUGCACUAUGUCCACAAGAUGUUUCAAAGGUUCGAGUAGGAAAGCUCUCACCAUAUGGAAUAGAAACACUCAGACAUAUCAGAGAUUUUCUUGGUGUUAAAUUUGUUAUUAAGCCAGAUCCAUCCACAGAGACAGUUAUACUUAAGUGUGUUGGUUGCGGCUUGAAGAACCUUUCUAGAAAGGCCUCAUGAUGACAAACAUGCAAGUGAGCAAUUUCUAAUAUCAGCGAUAAGUCUCCUGUAAGUCAAAGUGUUAUCAAAGGCCCCCAUACGCAUAGAGUAGGAAAGAAUUUGGCACGGCUUCAUAUGUUGUUUUGACUUGUAAACAUAAUGGUAACAUGUAAACAGCAAUACAUGGUGAGAGGUUUUGGUGCUGUUCCAUCAUGUUCCAAACAAAUUACUCUUUAUUGGAAAUCCUCCUUAAAUGAAUGUCUGUGGCACAUGUUAUAAAUUUCAGUUGUCAAAGGUGAUGAGGAAUAGCGCCCCUGUAACCCUACUAGUACAUGGAUGGUUAAUUAUUGGUGUGA